AGCUCAGACCCGGGCGCAGGCGUACUCGUUUCUCUUCCAUCCUGCUUCCUCAGCCCUGGAGCUCGGCGGGGCUUGGGUGGGUCUCGACCGCGGCGGCAGCGGCGGCGGCGAUAGUGACAGUGACUGCGUGAGAUUCGGACGGAAAUGGCGAUGGCGAUGUCGGACAGUGGGGCGACCCGCCUGCGGCGGCAUCUGGAGUCGGGGGGCUUUGAGGCGCGGAUGUACGUGAAGCAGCUCUCGCAGCAGUCAGACGGGGACCGGGACCUGCAGGAGCACCGGCAGCGCAUCCAGGCGCUGGCGGAGGAGACGGCGCAGAACCUGAAGCGCAACGUCUACCAGAACUACCGGCAGUUCAUAGAGACGGCCCGCGAGAUCUCCUACCUGGAGAGCGAGAUGUAUCAGCUCAGCCAUCUGCUGACCGAGCAGAAGAGCAGCCUGGAGAGCAUCCCGCUUACCCUGCUGCCGGCUGCCGCCGCCGCUGGUGCUGCUGCGGCCUCCGGAGGGGAGGAAGGGGGAGGUGGCGCGGGGGGCCGAGACCACCUGCGGGGCCAGGCUGGCUUUUUUCCCACUCCCGGGGGUGCCUCCCGCGACAGUUCGGGUCAGGGCGAGGAAGGGAAGCAGCGCACUCUCACCACCCUACUCGAGAAGGUGGAAGGCUGCAGGCACCUGCUGGAGACGCCUGGGCAGUACCUGGUAUACAACGGGGACCUGGUGGAAUACGAGGCUGACCACAUGGCCCAGCUGCAGCGGGUGCACGGCUUUCUCAUGAACGACUGUUUGCUGGUGGCCACCUGGCUGCCGCAGCGGCGGGGGAUGUAUCGCUACAACGCCCUCUAUCCCCUGGAUGGUUUGGCCGUGGUCAAUGUCAAGGACAACCCGCCCAUGAAGGACAUGUUCAAGCUGCUGAUGUUUCCCGAGAGCCGUAUUUUUCAAGCGGAAAAUGCUAAAAUCAAACGAGAGUGGCUGGAAGUGCUGGAGGAAACCAAGAGGGCCCUCAGUGAAAAAAGACGAAGGGAGCAGGAGGAGGCUGCAGCCCCGCGAGGACCGCCCCAGGUGACUUCCAAGCCCAGUAACCCAUUUGAGGAGGAAGAUGAUGACGAACCAGCUGUUCCUGAGGUAGAAGAGGAGAAGGUGGAUCUCUCACUGGAAUGGAUCCAGGAGUUGCCUGAAGACCUGGAUGUCUGUAUUGCCCAGAGGGACUUUGAAGGAGCCGUUGACCUGCUGGAUAAGUUGAACCAUUACCUGGAGGAUAAGCCCAGUCCACCUCCUGUGAAAGAACUAAGGGCCAAAGUGGAUGAGCGGGUCCGGCAGCUCACGGAGGUGCUCAUGUUUGAGCUCUCCCCAGAUCGUUCCCUGAGAGGUGGUCCCAAGGCUACUCGAAGGGCAGUUUCUCAACUAAUCCGGCUUGGCCAGUGCACAAAGGCUUGUGAGCUGUUUUUGAGAAACAGGGCAGCGGCUGUGCACACUGCCAUACGUCAGCUUCGCAUCGAAGGUGCCACCUUACUCUACAUUCAUAAGCUGUGCCAUGUCUUCUUUACCAGCCUUCUUGAGACUGCCCGGGAAUUUGAGACGGAUUUCGCAGGCACUGACAGUGGCUGCUACUCUGCCUUUGUGGUCUGGGCGAGGUCGGCCAUGGGCAUGUUCGUGGAUGCUUUUAGCAAGCAGGUGUUUGAUAGUAAGGAGAGCCUCUCUACCGCGGCUGAGUGCGUGAAAGUGGCCAAGGAGCAUUGUCAGCAACUGGGUGACAUUGGGCUCGACCUCACCUUCAUCAUCCACGCCCUUCUGGUGAAAGACAUCCAAGGGGCCUUGCACAGUUACAAAGAAAUCAUCAUCGAGGCCACUAAGCAUCGCAACUCUGAGGAGAUGUGGAGGAGGAUGAACUUGAUGACCCCAGAGGCCCUGGGCAAGCUCAAGGAGGAGAUGAAGACUUGUGGGGUCCGAAACUUCGAGCAGUACACCGGGGAUGACUGCUGGGUGAACCUGAGUUACACCGUGGUUGCCUUCACCAAACAGACCAUGGGCUUCUUGGAAGAAGCCCUGAAGCUGUAUUUCCCAGAGCUGCACAUGGUACUUUUGGAGAGCCUGGUGGAAAUCAUCUUGGUUGCCGUGCAGCAUGUGGAUUACAGCCUUCGGUGUGAGCAGGAUCCGGAGAAAAAGGCUUUUAUCAGACAGAAUGCAUCCUUUCUCUAUGAGACCGUCCUCCCGGUGGUGGAGAAAAGGUUUGAAGAAGGUGUGGGGAAACCCGCCAAGCAACUCCAGGACCUGAGGAACGCAUCCAGACUUAUUCGUGUGAACCCUGAAAGUACAACGUCAGUGGUCUGAUGCCCAUGGCACUGUGUCUAUGUAUGCAUAUAUAUUGCUUAUAUAUUAUUUAUAUUUAUAUUAUGUUGCAUUAGCAUAUCCUUUAUAGUCUUAAACACAGCUUAAAAAUAAAAGACGUCCUCUCAAAUAGAAAUGCAGAAUCAAAAGGAAAAAGAAGAAAAAGUUAAAAUUAAGGCCAAAUAACAAAACAUUGGAAUUAUUAAAACAUACACUUUCCUUUUAAAUUAUGCUCUCUAAUGAAUAUAUCAUCACAGUACAGCAUUUCAGGGUAUCCUUUUGGGUCAAAACACACUUUCUUCCAGUCUAUAUUAUGCAGCCGGGAGAAACCAUAUCUAUAAAUAUGUAGAGUUUAAGUAUGUUGCGAGGUUUCCCAGUUCACUAAAAUGUUAGGUCCUCUUAAAGAGUACAGUGCCAUACAAAAUACCCUGCUUCAUUACACUUCCCCACCUUAAAAUGUGAUCGAACAAUUUCGGGCAAAGAAAGGAA